AUGUUAAUCAUCAUUUUUUUAACAUUUAUUUUAUUCACGUCCGGUCAUAGUUAUAAUUGGUCUGAUCUUGAUAUUCCAGUUGAACAUUCGAUUUAUUUCUUCACAAAUAAUCCUUCCAUACAUAUUCAAUGUCUUCAUGAUAAAGAUCAAUGUCCUUAUUAUGAACAAGCAAAAAAUCUUCCAUCAUCUGAUAUAGCAUGUUGGGGUUAUGAAAAUAAUUGUAAAAAUAAUGCAUCACUUAUUCAAUGUCCUGAUGAUAGUCGUGGUUGGACAACAUCGAAAGAAAAACAAAUAUAUGAAUUUUGGAGAACAGCAGAUUUUGGUUAUAUAUCAGAAAAACGGAAUGAAUUAAGAGAAUUUUGUUCACCAUCACCAUCAUCAUCUCUUGAAUGUGUUGAUCAUUUACGUUUUUGUCGAGCAAAAAAUAUUUUUAUUGAUUUUCGACAUACUCAAACAUCGAAACAUCAUGAUCGUUAUCGAGAAGAUAUACUUAAACCUGGUGAUAUUGGUGGUUAUUGUAAAUUAAAUCAUGAGGAUUUACGAAAAAAUGGUGAUCAUAAAAGUCCAUUACAAAGCUGGUUUUCUGAAUUACAAGUUUUUAAAGAAAUUAAUGAAACCGAUUCAUUUUCUUGUGAUUUAACUAUAACAAAACCAACAAUUAUGAUCAAACUUGAUAGUGGAUAUAAUAUGUAUCAUCAUUUUUGUGAUUUUAUUAAUUUAUAUAUAUCUCAACAUAUGAAUAAUACAUUUACAAAAGAUAUACAAAUUAUUUUCUGGGAUACAAGUAACAAUGAUUAUUGGAGUUUUUUUUCUCCAACAUGGAAUGCAUUUACAUCAAAUCGUCUUAUACAUAUUAAAGAAUUUGAAGGGAAACGUGUAUGUUUCGAAAAUGUUAUUUUUUCAUUUCUUGCUCGAAUGUUUUACGGUUUUUAUUAUAAUAUGCCAUUGAUACCAGGAUGUUCACAAACAAGUUUAUUUCGUUCAUUUCAACAAUAUAUUAUUCAUCGUCUUCAUAUACCACAAUUAGGUCCAUUAAAAUCUAAUCAAGUACGAAUCACAUUAUUAAAUCGUACAACACAAUUUCGACAGAUUUUGAAUGUUAAUGAAAUUGUCGAACAUUUAAGAAAUGUCUCAACAAAUGGAAAUAACGAUUAUAGUAUAAAUGUAGUAGAUUAUAAUGCUCAUAUGCCAUUUAUUCAACAAUUGAAUAUAACGCAUAAUACAGAUAUUUUUAUGGGAAUGCAUGGUGCUGGUUUGACUCAUUUACUUUUCUUACCUGAUUGGGCAACCAUUUUUGAAAUUCAUAAUUGUGAAGAUAAAGAUUGUUAUAAUGAUUUAGCUCGUCUUCGUGGUGUUAAAUAUUUUACAUGGGAAAAUGAAGGUAAAGCUUAUCCACAAGAUGAAGGAAAACAUCCAACAUUAGGAACACCACAUAAAAAAUUUACAAAUUAUGCAUUUGAUAAAUAUGAAUUUACUCGUAUUGUACGUAAAAUGGUUAAAUAUGUUAAAGAACAUCCAGCUUAUCGUGCAGCAAAACGAAUGAAAUAUUCCCCACCGCCAACAUUAGAUAUUCAACAGCAAAAUACAAAAACAAGCAAAGUUGAAUUUUAA